AUGGAAAAAUACGCUUCUGUGAAAGGUGAGCAAGUGAACCCAGGGUAUGAUGGAUCGCUUGACGAGCCACCUCACUAUGAAGAGACCUCAUUCUCAGGAACUGCUAGGAAUGGGUACUCAACAGGAGAGAAGUCCGAGUUCAGGGAGGUACGGCAUUCAGUUGUCAGCGUCUUUGGGCAUGACACAUUGGACCGGGUGCCGAACAUAAAUUUCUACAGAAAUCCAGGCAGUGUGAGUGGGCACCGGGCGAUCAGGCCUUCUUUGCAAGAGCUUCACAAUGUCUUCCAGAAUGGUGGGCUGGUUCCUGAAACAGUGGAUGAGCCAGCUGGGAGCGACGGAAUUCCAGCUGACAUGGAGUCAGUCACACCAGAAGAGCAACAAGCUGGGUUUGUCAAGUUUGGAUGGAUCAAGGGUGUGCUGGUUAGGUGUAUGUUGAACAUAUGGGGGGUGAUGCUUUUCAUCCGCCUCUCUUGGGUGUUUGGUCAAGCUGGCAUUGGCCUGGGAAUUGUGGUUAUCUGCCUGAGCCUCGUAGUGACCUCUGUUACUGGUCUAUCCAUGUCGGCUAUCUGCACCAACGGAGUGGUCAGGGGAGGUGGAGCGUACUACCUGAUUUCCCGCAGUCUGGGACCAGAGUUUGGGGGCUCCAUUGGCCUGAUUUUUGCCUUUGCAAAUGCUGUGGCUGUGGCCAUGUAUGUGGUGGGCUUUGCUGAGACACUAGUGGACCUCCUCAAGCAAAGUGAUGCCAUAAUGGUGGACGAAAUCAAUGACAUCAGAAUAAUUGGAUGUAUUACUUUGGUGCUGCUUUUGGGGAUUUCACUGGCCGGAAUGGAAUGGGAGGCGAAGGCUCAGAUCUUUCUACUGAUCAUUUUGCUGGUGGCUAUAGUGAAUUUUUUCAUCGGAACAGUCAUUCCUGCAACCAAAGAUAAGAAAUCCAAAGGUUUUUUCAAUUAUCAAGCAUCCAUAUUUGCUGAGAACUUCGUGCCUGAUUUUCGGGAUGGGGAGACCUUUUUCUCUGUGUUCGCUAUCUUUUUCCCUGCUGCCACAGGCAUUCUGGCAGGUGCCAACAUCUCUGGAGACCUGAAGGAUCCCCAAGCUGCCAUUCCUAAAGGAACACUGCUGGCCAUUUUCAUUACAGGAGUGACCUAUCUGGCUGUAGCCAUUUGUGUUGCCUCUACGGUUGUACGCGAUGCAACUGGCAACGUAAAUGAUACCAUCACAUAUCAUGUGAUCUGCAAUGGCUCAGCUGCCUGUCAGCUUGGUUACAACUUCUCAUCCUGUGCAACCGAGACCUGCAAAUAUGGCUUAAUGAACAACUUCCAGGUUAUGACCAUGGUGUCUGGGUUUGGUCCACUCAUCACAGCAGGAACAUUCUCAGCCACUCUCUCCUCUGCACUAGCCUCACUUGUUAGUGCACCCAAAGUCUUCCAGGCACUGUGCAAGGAUAAUAUCUACAAGGCCCUGCACUUUUUCGCUAAAGGCCAUGGGAAGAACAAUGAGCCAUUCCGUGGAUAUGUCCUCACCUUUCUCAUCGCAGUGGCAUUCAUUCUGAUAGGGGACCUCAAUGUAAUUGCACCCAUCAUCUCAAACUUCUUCUUGGCUUCUUAUGCUCUCAUCAACUUCUCCUGUUUCCAUGCGUCAUAUGCAAAGUCACCAGGAUGGAGACCUGCGUACAAAUACUACAACAUGUGGCUGUCUCUGCUCGGGGCUGUGCUGUGCUGUGCUGUGAUGUUCGUCAUAAACUGGUGGGCGGCACUGCUGACCUACGCCAUAGAGAUGUUCCUUUACAUCUACGUCACAGUGAAGAAACCAGAUGUAAAUUGGGGAUCCUCUACACAGGCAGUAACAUUCAUUAAUGCAGUCAAUAAUGCUUUGACUUUAUCUAGUGUGGAUGACCACAUUAAAAACUUCAGGCCCCAGUGCAUAGUACUGACUGGAGCUCCUAGGACUCGUCCAGCUCUUCUUGACAUAGCACAUUCCUUCACCAAGGGCUACGGGCUAUGUCUUACCUGUCAAAUUUUUGUGGGCCCAAGGAUAGAAAUGCUCCAGGAAAUGAAUGAAGCGAUGGAGUGGAACCAGACAUGGCUCAACGAAAAGAAGCGCAAAGCUUUCUAUGCUGCAGCAGCCAGCAGUAACUUCAGGGAGGGGGCUGAAACCCUCCUGCAAGCCUCUGGUCUUGGGCGACUGAAGCCAAACACAUUAGUGAUUGGAUUCAAGAGGAACUGGAGAACUGCAGAUGUGACAGAACUCCAGAACUACGUUGGUGUGUUGCACGAUGCAUUUGACUUUGAGUAUGGUGUGGUGAUGCUGAGGUUAAGCCAGGGACUGGAUAUCUCCCACAUUAUCCAGGCUGAAGAGGAAAUGCAACGACUGGCAUUAGAGCAGCAGGCCUUGGAGGUUGAGGAGGUUCCACAGGAAAGAGGCAAAUGGUUCUUCAGAAGAGAAAGGCACAGCGACAGUGUUUUAACCACAGCUAUGCCAUCAGGCUCUGUCAAUAGCCCUCAGUCAUCCCCAGCAACUAAAGUGAAUCAGAGGGAAGUGGAAGCCAGUACUCAGUUCCAGAAGAAACAGGGCAAAGGCACGAUUGAUGUGUGGUGGCUUUUUGAUGACGGAGGUCUGACACUGCUGAUCCCCUACAUUCUUACUACACGAAAGAAGUGGGGGGAGUGCAAGUUAAGGAUCUUCAUAGCAGGACAAGCUGAGCGCAUUGAACAAGAUAAGGCUGAGAUGCAGGCCCUCUUAGCACAGUUCAGGAUCAAAUAUAUUAACAUCACUGUAAUUCCGGACGUCGGCUCUAAACCAAACAAGGAGAGCUGGAAGAUGUUUGAAGAUAUGAUUGAGCCAUUCCGUCUGCAUGAGGGUGCCAAGGAAUUUGCCAGUGCUGACACACAGAAGAAAGAACACUCUUGGAAGAUCACGGAUGCAGAGCUGGAGAUGCUUGAGGAAAAGACGUGCCUCCAAAUUCGUCUAAAUGAACUUCUGCAGGAGAACUCAAGAGCAGCAAACCUUAUUAUUGUGAGCAUGCCCAUAGCUCGGAAAGGGACCAUCUCAGACCACCUCUACAUGGCUUGGCUUGACAUCCUCACUAAGAAUCUUCCACCUACUAUGCUCAUCCGAGGAAAUCAUAAGAGCGUGCUGACCUUUUAUUCUUAA